AUCGUGGAGAGUAGUGUUAAGUUGUUAACCCAAGCACCGAACUAACCCUUUUCCUAUACUUCGUAGUAGAAAUUUAGAACACGAGCCUAAAGCCCAAAGGGCGUCCUUCCUCCUUUCCCCAAAUUGAGGAUGAAUUUGGGGCAAAAAUGUUCAAACUUUUUCCCAGAAAUUCAAUUAACUCGCUCUUAGGUAAUUAUCUCUGCCCCAAUUGUAAAAGUCUUGGGUCCGACACCAAGGAAAACAAAGAAUUUCAAGCAUAAUUUUGAUAACAUCAUCUUGAAAAAUCAUCCUCUAAAGAAUGAGCAAAAAAUUGCUGGGAUUGACUCUAAACAGGUCAUCUCUGCUGUUUUCGACAUUUUCUUCAAACCCUUAUUCAUUUGUCUCCGAUCAAGUUCGAUUUAUUCACCUUUUCUACACACACUUCAAGUUCUUCAGUAGUAGCAACCAUUCUUCAAAGGGUACCCUUGGGGGAUUGAUUGAUUCUGAUUAUCUGCCGACAUCAAGCAGCUACCUUGAAGAGACACAUUCCAGCGAAGAAUUUUCACUCUUACGUGACUGCUUUAUCUGCUCCUCAGAUUCUUCAUUGCUGGAAGUAGAGCAAGGUAAAUUCUCAGCUGAUGCUGUAUUGAUUUCAAGUGCAAUAAAUGAGAGUAACAAUGUGUUUGAGUUUAAAACCCAAAACUGUCUUCGGAAGUUUAGGGACAAGCUCAGUGAACUUUUAGUGACUGAUGUAUUGAAGCUUGUUAAGAACCCUCAGUUGAGUGUUCAGUUUUUCUUAUGGGUUGGUCAGCAAGUUGGGUAUAAUCAUACUACUCGAGUUUAUGAUGCACUGUUGGAUGUAAUUGGGUGUGAUCAGAAUGACAGAAUACCCAAACAUUUUCUCCAUGAGAUUCAGGAUGAUGAUAAGGAGGUUCUUGGAAAACUGCUUAACUUUUUGGUUAGGAAGUGCUGUCGAGAUGGGAGGUGGAACGUGGCCUUGGAGGAGCUUGGGAGGCUGAAGGAUCUUGGUUACAAACCAUCCAGGUUAACGUAUAACGCUCUUGUUCAGGUAUUUUUGGAAGCUGAUAGGUUAGACACUGCCCAUUUACUUCAUAUAGAGAUGUCAAAUGUUGGGUUUAAAAUGGAAAUCUCUACGUUGAAUUGUUUUGCACAUGCUUUGUGUAAGGCUGGAAAGUGGAGUGAAGCCCUUGAUUUGGUAGAGAAGGAAAACUUUGUCCCUGACACUAAACUUUAUACGACGAUGAUAUCUGGUUUAUGUGAAGCUUCUCUUUUUGAUGAAGCCAUGGAUUUUUUGAACAAAAUGAGAUGCAGCUCUUCAUUGCCCAAUGUAUUAACAUACAGGGUUUUGCUUUGUGGGUGUUUGAGGAAAAAGCAACUCGGUAGGUGUAAGAGAAUAUUAACCAUGAUGAUUGCUGAAGGCUGUUACCCUAAUCGCAGAAUAUUUAAUUCACUUGUUCAUACAUAUUGCACUUCAAGAGACUAUUUUUAUGCUUAUAACUUGCUAGGAAAAAUGGCAAUUUGUGGUUGUCAGCCUGGCUAUCUGGUGUAUAACAUAUUUAUUGGUGGAAUUUGUUGUAAGGAGGAGCUACCUAGCGCAUAUGAGUUAGAAUUGGCAGAGCAAGCUUAUGCUGAGAUGAUUGACCGGGGGUUGGUGUUAAACAAGGUCAAUAUCAGCAGCUUUUCCAGAUGCCUUUGUGAGGCUGGAAAGUUUGACAAAGCAUAUAAUGUUAUUCGAGAAAUGAUGAGUAAGGGUUUUGUGCCAGAUUGCAGUACAUACUCAAAGGUUAUUGAAUUCCUCUGCAAUAACUCACAGAUUCAGAAGGCUUUUCUGCUUUUUGAAGAGAUGAAAAGAUCCAGCAUUGCUCCUGAUGUAUAUACUUACACUGUUCUGAUAGAUGGUUUCUGUAAGGCUGGUCUUAUGGCCCAAGCACAUAAGUGGUUCAAUGAAAUGAUUUUGGAUGGUUGUUCCCCUAAUGUGGUGACCUACACCACAUUAAUUCAUUCGUACCUUAAAGCACGCAGGAUAGGUGAAGCCAAUGAGCUUUUUGAGAUGAUGUUGUCAGAUGGAUGUAUACCAACUGUCGUGACUUAUACUUCUUUAAUAGAUGGUUAUUGCAAAGCAGGAAACAUUGACAAAGCUUGCCAAAUUUAUGAUAGGAUGAGAGGGCAAGAUAAUUUACCGGAUGUAGAUAUGUAUUUUAAGGUAAAAUCAUCUGAGAUGAGUGUGCCUAAUGUUUUCACUUAUGGAGCUUUGGUAGAUGGUUUGUGCAAAGCACACAAGGUAAAAGAUGCUCACAACUUACUGGAUGCAAUGUUUUCUGAUAGUUGUGAGCCAAAUCACAUUGUCUAUGACGCGUUGAUUGAUGGAUUUUGCAAGGCUGGAGAGCUUGAUAAAGCACAAGAGAUAUUUGUUAAUAUGUCUGAACGUGGAUACAGUCCUAACAUAUACACCUAUGCCUCUUUUAUUGACAAGAUGUUCAAAGAUAAAAGGCUGGAUCUUGCUUUGAAGAUCUUAUCGAAAAUGCUGGAAAGUAAUUGUGCUCCUAAUGUUGUAAUUUAUACUGAGAUGAUUGAUGGGUUGUGUAAAUCACAAAAGACAGAUGAGGCUUAUAAACUUAUGCUGAUGAUGGAUGAAAAAGGUUGCCCUCCGAAUGUUGUGACUUAUACUGCAAUGAUUGAUGGAUUUGGGAAAGCUGGUGAAAUUGAAAGAUGCCUUGAACUAUUCAACUUGAUGACUGAGAAGGGCUGUGCUCCAAACUAUGUGACCUAUAGGGUUUUGAUAAACCACUGUUGCUCUUUUGGCCUUCUAGAUAAGGCUCACCACCUUCUGGAGGAGAUGAAACAAACAUAUUGGCCUAUGCAUAUUGCAAGCUAUCAGAAAGUCAUUGAAGGAUUCAGCCAAGAAUUCAUUGCCUCACUGGGCCUCCGGGAUGUUUUAAGUGAUAACGAGUUCGUGCCUAUUGUUCCCGUUUACAAAGUUCUAGUUGAUAGCUUUUGUAAGGCAGGAAGACUGGAAAUAGCUGUACAAUUGUGUAAAGAUAUGUCAUCAUUUGCCUCCUUUCAUACAGUGACUCGUGUUUAUUCCUCUCUGAUUGAGAGUUUGUGUCUUGCAUCCAAAGUUGAUGAAGGUUUUGAGUUGUUUGGUGACCUGAUAACGAAUGGAGGAGUUCCAGAGCCAAGCAUAUUUUUCCACCUUAUCUUAGGGCUCAUUAAACUAAAUCGCUGGGAAGAAGCUCUUCAAAUUUCACAUAGCACAUGCCUGCUGGGUAUGAAGUGGCUCCCUUCUGAGGAAAAGGUUUAAAAGGAGUAACAACUGGUACUUGUAUUUUAGGCUUGAUGAUACUCAAAUGGCAACUCUUGGUCAACUUUGUUAAUUCCAGGUUGUGCUGCUAUUUAUUGGAGUUUUCACCAUUAUGGUAAUGGGUACUGUAAAGGAUGUGUGGUUUAUUCCAACGAAAGCAAACUAGUAAAAAGUUCUUUGAGUAUUAGUUCAAUCGAAGGGUACCAGGGAGGCAGGGACUGUUAGUCUCCACAGUGGAAAUCCACCAUCAUAAGAAGCAACGAAUUCUUGACUGAAGCUGGAAAUGAUGUGUUGACAUCAAGUAUCCUUAUUGACCGAGCACUCGAGGGGAUCUAUAGCUUGCUGUAGGAGUGGGAUGCUACUCCUCUCUCUUUCCUCCAUUUUCUUUUAGCUUCAUCAGGACUUAUGUAGAGCAUUAUCCUGGAUUGAGGGAAGAAGAGCAAGAAUGGCCUUUCUUGUCGUUGCUCCCUUUGGUACCAAAAUCAGGCUCCACACACCUCAAGUAGUUCCCUUGAGUUCAUUCACUGAUAGAUGUCAGCGGUGUUGAUCAGACUCUUCACAAGCUGUACUUGAGGCAUGAAGGAGGUAUGUUUAAUUUAUCCUCUAACAAGUAACAACUGGAAGCACAGCCUUCAAUAUGCUAAACCUUCUGACCCCGUUUUCACUCAUAAAUUAUUCACAUUGUUUGUAUGUUUGACUUCUGUAUGCUUGUCAACAUGAUUAUGUUACACAGAUUGUUUAUAGAUAGAAUGUUUCCUACCUGACCAUUGCAUUUUAUGGAUGUCCGCUUCCUCAUUAUAUUGUGUAUGAAAUCAAGAAAUUCAUAUCAGCCUAAACUAUUCAACCAUUUUCUCCCUUUUCGUUAUUUUUUCCAUUAUGUCAAUGUUCUAGUGCUGUUUCUCUACCAACUGCAUUUAUAUGUUUUCCCUCCGUUCUCUACUCACAUCAUUUUUUGAAUGUUUUAUUUUUAACCUACUGCCUUUUACUUACUAUUUUUAGACAAUGGACCCACCAUUUUACUCUCGCAUAGUCACAUACAUCACUUUAUGCAUGGCACAUCACAAGUUGCCUUUUAUCUCUGCUAAACUUGUAUGGGAGCAUUAGUAUGGAUGAAAAAGCAAGUGAGUAAAUUGGAAAAAAAUGGAGGGAUUGUCAGCACAAAAGGUAUGGUCAAGAUUAUGUAUGUGAAUAGUGUAAAAGUCAAAAUGUUGAAGUUAAAGAGAACAGAAGAAGUACAUUUUAGCAAUAACAUCUCCUACUUUUCAAAUUAUGAGACUGGUUUGAUUUUAUUUUUGGCUGGUAUGUGAAUGUUGAUAUAAUCAAAAUGAUCUGUUAAUUAAGGAAAUUCUGAUAAAGACCCUCCUGAUAUGGAGGACGAUAACUAAGGAUAAUAGGGAACAUGCAGGGAUUUGGCUAUUUUCUGGUGGACUUGUCAAAAUAGACUGACCAGAAUCCCUUGAUUAGUAGAGAAGAUCACAUACAGCCAGCACGUACAGCUACAGCUGUUCAUCCGAGCCGAUAUAUUCUGCCAUUGGGAGUCUUCCAGUCCAGAAAGUUGGAACUUGGAACUUGAGUGCAGGAAUCUUUCAAAGAUAUGUAAAUUGUACUUUGUACAUGAAGCUGGCAACAUAACCAGCGCGUGAAUCACAUUCUGUGGUACUCCGUACUAGUCUAUUUUCACAAUUUCACAGGCAAACUGAAAAGAUUGGGUAUCAUCCAGUCAUUCAUGUGUUGGUGAUACUGGUGGGUUUUAGACUUGCAUUGUUCAUUAGCAUGCACAACUUUCUUGUCAAAAGCGAGGAUGAAGCAGUCUCAAAAAUGGUUACAUUUUUCAUGUCAAAUCACCAAGGUCAAGAUGGUUUUGUCUAUGCCCUAGAAGCUUUCGGAAUGCGUUUAUCUCCGAUCAUGUGGCAUAAAACAGUGUUUUGUCGAAUUUCGGAAACCUAUUCUGGAUGCUCUUUCUUUCUUUUUUUUCCGAAAUUCAGUCCAUUCUUAUCCUGUGGCUUGUUUUUUAGUCUGAAAGAUCAAUCCACCUUACUCCAAUACUCCUGCAGAAGUAGUGCUGCUAGGGAGGAAAAUCAAGAAACACUGUCUUCACCUUUAUGAAGAGAUGUGAAAUGCAAUAUUUGGAGGAACACUGUCAGUUAAAUUGUAAAUGUUUUCCUCCAAGCA